UAAAUGAAAUAUAAAUAGCCAGCAAAGCAACAAUUUCCAAAACGGAAACCAAGAUUCACACACAACCCUGAAAAAUAAAGACAUUCAUCGGAAGAGAUGAAGCUUGUUUGGUCACCGGAAAUUGCUGCAAAAGCUUUUACGGACACCGUCAAAUCUUGUGAGCUUUUCGAAGGAUCAAGCGCGGCGGAGCUAGUAUCGGCUAUGGCGGCCGGUUGGAACGCUAAGCUUAUUGUCGAGACAUGGUCGCGUGGCGGUGUGACAACGAUGAGCAUUGGUCUGUCCGUAGCAAGCAUUCACACACGCGGGCGACAUGUUUGCAUAGCUCCGGACGAGGAUUCGAAAGCGGAGUACAUCGCCGCAAUGAACAAAGCCGGAAUGUCGCCCGAAGUGAUGGUUGGGGAGCCGGAGGAGGCUGUUAAAGGGAUGGUAAUAGAUUUUUUGGUUGUGGACUCUCGGAAGAAUAAUCUGGGUCGGGUUAUAAAGGAAGCGAAAUUCGGGCACCGUGGGGCAGUGUUGGUUUGCAAGAACGCGGCGGCGGUGGCGGCGGAUUUCCAGUUGAGGAGUUUGUUUGAUGGUGGAUCACGGCGGAUUGUGAGGUCGGUUUUUUUGCCGGUGGGGAAAGGGUUGGAUAUUGCUCACGUGGCAGCGGGUGAAAACGGGUCGGGUUCGGAUAAAGUGAAGAAGAGUAGGUGGAUCCGGCGGGUGGAUAAGCAUUCGGGUGAAGAGUUUAUGAUCCGAAACCGUGUAGGGCGAAUACGGAUGGCGUUGUUUCGUCUUGGAUGGGAGACGAGGUUUACUGAUUAUUCCACUGUCGUGCCUUCGGGUGGGCAGAGGUCGGGUUUCCGCGCAUCUGGGAGAGCCAAAGGGCUGGCAUUGGUCGAGUAGUCGACCUUGGUCACAGCGCCCGGUGUCACGAUAAUUGGCACAUCAUUGCUUGACGUUAAAAAAAAAACUAUUAAGAACGUGCAAGGCAUCUAGGCCAGGCACAAAACCUUAGAACGAGUUACCACAAGAGUUAAUUUAAGAGUAAAUUGCCAUUUUAGUCUCUGAGUUUUGUCCAAAUUUGCCAUUUUGAUCCAAAUAGUUUUUUUUUUUUGCAUCUGAGUCCCUGAUUUUUACAUUUUGAUGCCAUUUUGAUCACUU